GCCCCGCUCCGCCCACUGGAGGCGGGACUCGGGCGGUUUGAAAGGUCCGCGCGCUCAGCUGGGUGGCUCGACUACGGCUGAAAUGUCGGUUCUGAGGCCGAUGGACAAGCUGCCUGACCUGAACGCGGCCACAAUCUUGCUGGUGGGCACGGAGGAUUCGCUUCUGCAGAAGCUGGCAGAGUCCAUGCUCCAAGACCACUGUGCAUCUGAGCUGAGGGUCCACUUGGCCAACUCCCUCCCUUUGCCCUCCACUGUGAAUCGGCCCCGAAUUGACCUGAUUGUAUUUGUAAUUAACCUUCACAGCAAAUACAGCCUCCGGAAUGUGGAGGAGUGUCUGAGCCACGUGGACAGCAGCUUCUUCCUGGGAAAAGUAUGUUUUCUCGCCACAGGGGCUGGACAGGAGAACCACUGCAGCAUUCACCAGAACACAGUUAUAAAACUGGCCCACACCUACCGAAGCCCCUUGCUCUUCUGUGACUUAGAGGUGGAAAGCUUUCGAGCCAUCGUGGCACAGCGCCUGGUACGCAUGCUGCAGAUCUGUGCUGGCCACGUGCCAGGUAUCUCUGCAGUGAACCUGCUGUCCUUGCUGAGGCGCUCCGACAGCCCCCCAUCCAAGGAGCUGUGAGCACUGCUGCCCUCCCCACAUUUGGCUCUGGCUCUAUGAGCAGUCAGUAUUGGUGAAGACCGGUCAGGGCCUGACAUGCCCUGGAGGCAGCCUGCACACUACAGGACUGAGUUCUGCUCCACCAGGCAGAGCUAGGCAGGAGUGGGAAGGAGGCCAUCCAUUGGAACCCCAUGCUAUCCGGCUCACCCCACAGAGGCUCCACCCAUGUCUUUACUGUCUGAUAGGAUAUAUCCACCUCAGAUUUCUUUGGGACAAAGAGCCAUGACCAAAAAAAAAAAACAAACAAAAAAAAAAAAAACUGAAACUCUAUCUCACCUAGUAUUUGACUUUGUAAAUGAAGAAACUGAAUCAGUACAAUUAAGGGGGCAGAUGGUGGCCUCCAGGAACCCAGUGAAAUGUCACAUGCUAGCCCCUGCUUCUCUGAUAGCCUGGCGGUUGCUCCCGAGACCUGUUUCCCUGAUGUAAAUGGAAAUGGUUCCACUCUUGUCAUGUUGAGAAGAUUGAAUGAAAUGAAGUGGCAUGCUGCCUGAAACCACAUUACUCCCU